AUGACCACUAGUAAGCACUUAUUUUCACUCUCAUCAUCUCCAAAUGGCAUCACAUCAGGCACAAAUUUGAAUACUUCUGAUGCAAAUUCCAGUAAUAUUGAAGGUGGUUAUAGUGUGGAUAUAUCACCGGGGAUGACUGAAUAUUGGAUUCCUAAUUGUGAAGAUGGGAGCAAACCUAAGAUUGGUAUGACAUUCAAUACUUUAGAGGCUGCUAUAUCCUUUUACAAGAACUAUGCUGCUAAAGUUGGCUUUGAUAUAAGGUAUAGUUCUAUUAUGAAGUCUAAGGAUGGGGUGAUUCUGACAAAGUACAUUCUUUGCAGUAGAGAAGGGUAUAAGAAUGCUACCGGUCGUUCUACAUUGAAUGUAGAUGAAGCAUCAAGUUCUUCAAUUACAAAGAGGAUAAGAGUCUUAAAUAGGACAUGUUGCAAAGCCAGAAUUGUGUUCAAAUUCAUAGGAAGUCUUGGUUAUGUUGUUAAAAAAUUUAAGGAAAGACAUAACCACUGUAUGUCAUCAAUCCUAGCAAACCAGUUUCUAAAGGUCAAUAGGAACAUUGAUGUGGGACAUCAAAAGUUCAUUGCAAAUCGUGCACGAGCAAAUAUUGGGCCAACAAAAUCAUUUAACUUGUACAAGGAGAUGGUCGAGGAUUUUUCCAAUGUAGGUGCAACGAAUGUUGACUUUAAGAACUUCAAUAAGGAUUUUAGAGCAUAUAUAAUAAGUGCUGAUGGACAAAUGAUUGUGAAUAAUUUUUUUAAGAAAAAGGAGGUGUGUGAAGCAUUUUAUUUUGCAUAUGACAUUGAUGAAGAUGAGCACUUGUGCAAGCUUUUUUGGGCAGAUCCAAUUUCAAGAAAGAAUUUUGGCUGUUUUGGGGAUGUAGUAUCUUUUGAUGCAACGUAUCAAACUAAAAGGUACAACAUGGUUUUUACACCGCUCACCGGUAUUGAUAACCACAAGAAAAGCAUUACAUUUGCAGCUGGAUUGUUGACAAAAGAGGACAUUGCAUCCUAUAUUUGGUUAUUUGAACACUUUAAGAAAGCAAUGGGUGCAGAGCCAAAGAAGAAAUUGAACUCUAUUGUGUGGAGCUCAUACUUAGAACCUCUUGAAUUCGAGAAUGAAUGGAAAUCAAUCAUGGAAGAGUUUGAUUUUGUCAAUAACAACUGGUUGGAACAAAUGUUUGAGUUGCGCAGAUUUUGGAUACCAGCCUAUUUCAGAUAUGUUCCUAUGGCCAGUUUAUUGAGGACUACAUCACGCUCGGAAGGUGAAAAUGAUGUUUUUAGUAUAUUUACUACACCUCUCUCUAGUCUUUUCCAGUUUUAUAUGCAGUUUGAGCGUGCUUUGGACUCUCAGAGACACAAUCAUGCAAAACAUACAAGUGAUAAUGAGGGGAACAUCACAGAAAUGAAGACACCUUUGCCCAUUGAAAAGCAUGCUUCAACUAUCAAAGAUGGCAGUGAUAGAAAGUUUACUGUGGAGCACAAUGUAACUGAAAAGAAAGUUGUUUGUAGUUGCAAAAUGUUUGAAAGAAUUGGAUUGUUGUGUAGCCACACUUUUGUGGUGUUUAAGGAUUUUAACUUUGAUAAAAUCCCUAUGAAAUAUGUGUUGAAUCAAUGGACUAAGGAUGCAUCCUUAAAGCCUAUCUUCCAUAUUCAUGGUCUAACAUUUAAUCAAGGUGCAGGAAUGGAUGAGAGGAAGGUGUUGUUAGCACAAUUGUGGAGUGAUAUGCCGUGUUGUAUUGGUCUAGCAGAAGAAGCAAAAAUGGAUAAAUUGAAUGAAUUUGCACAAGAGAUUAAACAACAAAAAUUGAUAUUGAUGACAGAACAAGCUGAUUUAUCCCCUACUCAUAGGAAGAAUGCAGUCAUAGAGUCUUAUUGUGAGUCAUCUAAGCCUUCCGAGAUCUCUAUUCUACCACCAAGAAAAGCAAAAAAUAAGGGCAGUGGUAAGCGUAUGAAAGGGAAAAAGGAGUUAGCAAUGGAUGCAUCAAAGAAAGGUUUAAGAAAAUGCCAUACGUGUGAUGCUUACUUAGAAAAUGACAAGCGACAUGACAGUAGGAACCACCCACUUAGAAAGUAA